GAUAGAUUCUUCUAGAGACAAACCUGUAGCCACUGCAAUCAGUAUCAGUCAACACGGGAAAUAUACGGACACUUGUGGGUCUUGAUCAGCAAUGAGAUUUACAAUGUUUGACCUAAAUUUGGGAGAGAGCAAUGGAGAGACUUCAGUGUGACUCGGACUUCUGAGGUACUUCAACCAGUUUAAUCCAAAGACAGAAUGGGAAGUCUUAAGGAUGAGAUGAGAGGUCUCAGUGAGGACCGCCAGCUCUGCGAGAAGGCAGAUGAUGGAGAGCAUCCAGGAAGCUCAGAUGGCUGCGCUGUGACUGAGGGACCUCAGAUAAACACCAGUCAAAAGUCAACAACACAAGAGGACUACGAGCCAAAACUGCUCAUGAAUACGAGCCACGUCGAGGAGAGCAACGGGGAAUUUACAGGAGAAGUUUGUGACAACAGUGACCAAACAGACUCUAAAGACAGUAAGCUCUCUGACACCAUCCCUCUGACACAACAAAGCAAAGCUGAGACAACAACAACAGCUGACACAACAACCUCCACGCAAUCAGUUUCUAAUGAGAUUUCUAAUAAGUGUGAAUCUGCUGAAGAAAACAUGGAUCUUGACAGACAACAACAGCCAGAAACUAAGAGUAUCUCAGUGGCUGUGCCAGGAACUCCAGACCCCACCGACCCUCGUUCCCCAGCUCCUUUUGGGCAGCACCACAUGCGUACACAGGUCAGCCUGGAAGUGGUACAGUGUCACUCUGCAGCGACCAGUCCCAUGACACCUCCUGAGGGUGGUCAUUCCUUCUUUUUCCCCCCACGCUCCUUUGGGGGAUCUGGAGCUAUGGAUGCAGACACUAAAGACGCUGAGCUGCAGGUUGGUACACAGGUGCAGUUCUGCUCUGUUGCCACAUCUCCCAUGACCCCAAAGACGCCGUAUACCACUGCUUUCCCAGAGCUUAUCGGCAGAGAAACGGUGCAGAAGGUGGAGAAAACAAAAAAGACAGAGGAUCAGGGUCAGAGUAGCCAACAUGAAAGUUCCCCUUCUGUCACAAAACAUCCAGCAGAGGCUGAGUCAGAGAUAACCGAUGCUUUGAAAAGUACCACGCCAAAGGAGCUGACUGAAGAUGUCAGCUGCAAUACUUCUCAAGAGAGCUCUGCCACUAAGUUAAAAGAUUCACAAGAAGCUCAGGAGGGUAGCGAUCACCAGUAUAAGCAGCAGAGGGUGGGGAGUAUGGAUCAAGACAUUACAAUCCUAGUAACCCAACAUGGCAAUACUGAGGAGGAAGAGGACAAAGGAGAAAGCGAGUCCUCCAUUUGUCCCAUUGAGGCAGACAUGGUCAAAAUAGAUGAAGUCGAAGAAGACAACAGUGAUAUGAAAAAAGAGAAUGGAAAGGAAAAGACCUCUAACUUUGAUCAGAUACAGGGAUCUUCAAAUAUAAUCGCAACUGAAGAAUCCUCUAUUUCUGCUCAUGAACAACCAAAAUCUGAAGUAAAAUCUGAUCAUUCAAAGGAAAAGACAGAUCGCUGCGAUAGUGAGGAGUUAUCCCUGUCAAAAUCUGCAGUCCCUGAGUCUCCAGCUCCUUUUGGCUGCCACAACAUCCGGACGCAGGUGAGCCUGGAGGUGGUGCAGUGUCAGUCUGUAGCUACCAGCCCCAUGACCCCUCCAGAGGGAGACCAAGCCUUCUACUUCCCAAGCUCUUUGGGAAAAAGAGAGUCUGUGGGUACAGAUACUAAAGACGCUGAGAUGCAGGUAGGGCGACAGGUGGAGUUUCGCUCUGUUGCUACAGCACCCAUGACCCCAAGAACACCCAUCGCCACAACUUUCCCUGAGAUCAUGAAGGAAACAAGCAUAGAGGAGAAGAUAAUUGAGGAGGAAGGGGAAAAUAAUGAGGAGGCAGCUGCAGAAAAAGAGGACGAGAAAUCAACUCAGGAGCAAAAGAAUGAAGAAGCUGAUGAGGAACAAAGGGAGGAAAUGAACUGCAAGGAGGAGAAAUGUGAGGAGCCGGUGCAGGAGGUGAGCUGGGAUGAGAAAGGGAUGACAUGGGAGGUGUACGGGGCGGUGGUGGAGGUGUCCGUUCUGGGCUCGGCUAUCCAGAAACACCUGGAAAAACAGGUGAAGAAGCAGAAAAGGCAGCCGUCCAUGCCUCCACCUCCUCCACUGAACCCUUCAGCCACGCCCCACACCUCUGAGUCAUCCCAGCGAGGCUCGGGUAAGGGCAGAGCAGGUAAAAGAGGAGCAGGGGGAGAUGGGAAAGUCAGCCGACGCAGACGGAACCCUUUUCGCCAGAUGAUGGAGAACAUGCAGCAGCCACACUGUUGCUCCAGAGCUCAUACCACAGAGUGACAUGACGUUUUGGAAAGAAAAUAACACGACAGCUCGGAUACAUGUGGCUGUGUGCAGUGAAUUCACUGAUUUAUUCACAAGUCACAUUGUCUUAAGUGUGAGAAGCUGUUAACUUCCUCACAUAAGGCA